CUGCAGGACGAAGACAUGGCCAGCGGCCCUGGCAGCGCGCGGAGGUGGGCAACCCUGGUGGUGCUGGUCGCCCUGGGCACGGCUGUGACAACGACGACCAACCCCGGCAUCGUGGCCAGGGUCACCCAGAAAGGCCUGGACUACGCCUGCCAGCAGGGAGUGCUUACUCUGCAGAAAGAGUUGGAGAAGAUAACAAUUCCCACUUUCUCAGGAACCUUUAAGAUAAAAUACCUCGGGAAAGGGCAAUACAGCUUCUUCAGCAUGGUUAUUCGAGGAUUCAGUCUUCCCAAUUCCCAGAUCAGACCGUUGCCGGGUGAGGGCCUUGAUCUCUCUAUCAGAGAUGCCAGUAUCAAGAUCAGAGGAAAAUGGAAGGCACGAAAGAACUUCAUCAAACUCAGCGGCAACUUUGAGCUGAGUGUGGAGGGCAUCUCCAUUUUGGCGGGUCUGAGUCUGGGCUAUGACCCUGGCUCGGGCCACUCCACUGUUACCUGCCCCAGAUGCAGCAGUCACAUCAACACCGUCCGCAUACGCAUCUCUGGCAGCAGCGUGGGGUGGCUGAUCCAACUCUUCCACAAAAGAAUCGAGUCUUCGCUCCAAAACUCCAUGACCAGCAAGAUCUGCGAGAUGGUGACUAGUACUGUGUCCUCCAAGCUGCAGCCUUAUUUCCAGACACUGCCAGUGACAACCAAACUAGACAAAGUGGCUGGGGUCGAUUACUCGCUGGUGGCACCUCCAAGAGUCACAGCUGAUAACCUGGAUGGGCUGCUGAAGGGUGAGUUUUUCAGUCUGGCCCACCGCAGCCCCCCACCCUUUGCGCCGCCAGCACUGGCCUUUCCUACUGACCACGACCGCAUGGUGUACCUGGGCAUCUCUGAGUAUUUUUUCAACACGGCCGGGUUUGUGUAUCAGAAGGCUGGAGCCCUGAAUCUGACCCUCAGAGACGACAUGAUUCCAAAGGAAUCCAUGCUCCGCCUGACAACCAAAUUCUUUGGAAUCCUGAUACCCCAGGUGGCCAAGAUGUUCCCUGACAUGCAGAUGCAGCUCUUCAUCUGGGCCUCUUUGCCUCCAAAACUCACCGUGAACCCCAACGGCCUUAACCUCAUCUUUGUUCUGGACACCCAGGCCUUUGCCAUCCUCCCAAACUCCUCCUUGGACCCCCUCUUCCUGCUUGAGAUGAACUUGAACCUUUCUGUGGUUGUUGGUGCCAGGUCUGACAGACUGAUUGGAGAGCUCAGAUUGGACAAGCUGCUCGUGGAACUGAAGCACUCAGACAUCGGCCCCUUCUCGGUUGAGUUGCUGCAGUCUGUCAUGAACUACACCGUGCCCACCAUCGUGCUUCCGGUGAUUAACAAGAAGCUACAGAGAGGCUUCCCUCUCCCGUUGCCCGCCUACAUCAAGCUCUUCAACCUGAUCCUUCAGCCUUACCAGGAUUUCCUGCUGUUCGGUGCAGAUGUCCACUACAGCUGA